UUUUGCCGUAGAACCCGAUAUCAAUCAUUACCGGAAGUUAGGAGGUCCUUUCCCCCGCAGACUCCAAGAUGGCUAGAGGACCGAAAAAGCAUCUGAAGCGCGUUGCAGCGCCCAAGCACUGGAUGCUGGACAAACUCACUGGGGUCUUUGCUCCUCGUCCAUCUACCGGUCCCCACAAACUGAGGGAGUGUCUGCCCCUCAUUAUCUUCUUGAGGAACCGACUGAAGUACGCCCUGACAGGGGAUGAGGUGAAGAAAAUCUGCAUGCAGAGGUUCAUCAAGAUCGACGGAAAAGUCCGCACCGAUAUCACUUAUCCUGCUGGGUUCAUGGACGUCAUCAGCAUCGAGAAGACUGGCGAGCACUUCCGUCUGAUUUAUGAUGUGAAGGGACGUUUUACCGUCCACCGCAUCACCGCCGAGGAGGCCAAGUACAAGCUGUGCAAGGUGAAGAAAAUCCUCAUCGGCACCAAAGGCAUCCCCCACCUGGUGACCCACGACGCCCGCACCAUCCGCUAUCCUGACCCCCUCAUCAAGGUCAAUGACACAGUCCGCAUUGACCUGGAAACUGGCAAGAUCACAGACUUUAUCAAGUUUGAUACUGGUAACCUGUGCAUGGUGACUGGUGGUGCUAACUUGGGACGUAUCGGCGUGAUCACCAACAGGGAGCGCCACCCUGGCUCUUUUGACGUGGUGCACGUCAAGGACAGCACGGGGAACAGCUUUGCCACCAGGUUGUCCAACAUCUUCGUCAUUGGCAAGGGCAACAAGCCGUGGGUGUCCAUGCCCAGAGGAAAGGGAAUCCGUCUGACCAUCGCUGAGGAGAGAGACAAGAGGCUGGCCGCCAAACAGGGCAGCAGCUAAACUGGCCACAAAACACCCAGCCUGACCUGUGGUUUUCAAAUAAAAUGUUAUUUACUAAA